CUGCCUCUUGGGUCGGCGUCUUUUUUCAGCAAGGCGCAAAUUCCCGGGUUUUUGUUAACUUGCGAAGAUAAAAUUGUGGCCCUGCACUAUAAAACUCCAUCAAGUCUUGUUGAGUGGUUUGUGUUGCCAGAACAAGUCACAACAUGUACAGUGGAAAUCAAGACCUGCCAAAUAUGCUGGACGGCGAUCUCAACCCAGAUUUGAUGAAUACUGAUCGGUUUUGCUUCAACUGUGAGCAGAUUUUUUCAAGUCGAAAAUAUCUUGAGGAGCAUCUUUGCUCAGUUCCAUCUUAUAUUUGUUCUUGUGGAACUGAGUUUACCUCAUAUAAUGACAUGCUGCAGCACAAUAGUUCUCAUGAUUCAGGAUAUCAGGUACUUUGUCACGAAACCAUAAAGAAGCAAAGAAUUGAAAAACACUGCGAGGAAGAAGAGAAGUUGAAAAGACUUCUAUCUGGUGAGGUUAUCUGGGAGAGUCCUAAGUCUUUACCUGCAACAGCUGUCCCUCAAAUACCCAUUUUGCCCAGUAUGCCCCAAGGCCCCGUUCAGCCACAUGUAUUACCACAGCUUUCUCCAGAUGUGAUUAAAAAUGUCUCAACCUCAGAUACAGGCAAAAUGUUUUCGAAUAUUGGCGCUCCAACUGUGGAUCUAUGGACACUUUUCCAACCUGUUGUGGUAUUGAAAACAUUGCGUUCAUUUUCCAAGACACAUUCAUAUAUUUGUGGUAAAUGUGGACAAUCUUUUUCAACAAGAAGGGCCCUAGUUAUACAUCAUAACACCCACAUUGCAGACAAAGUGCUUGGCUGCAUUGGUUGUGGACUACUGCUCUCCAGCAGGAAGAUUGUUCCACGCUUCCAUCCUUGUAAUUCCCCAUACAGCAAAUUUAAUAGAUUCAAGCUUAUCACUGCUAGACCACUUACCCAAAUCACUGCAAACAUCGCCAAUGGACUGGGCCAGCUUCCAAUUUCCCCUCCAACACUGAAAAUCCCAAAUAAUAUUGCACCCACUAAAAUUAGAAAAGAUUUUGGUGUUAAUUACAGUCCCAGCGCUGCCAAGCGGCCCAAGCCCGUUCAGACUAAACCUGUAAUUUCAAAUGCCAAAUCACUCAGUGUAAACAAUCCACCUGCAGCACAGGCUGCUCUGGGUGCUGUGAGCCUUACACCUGGGAAAGGCUAUGAGUGUCGAGUCUGUCAUGUCUUCUUUGAAAGUAUCAACGUCCUUCAGAGGCACAAGUGUGCUAAAGCUCACGAGUUCUUGAUGAAACACAAACUCACUGCACCAGCUAACAGGCAAAGACAAGUCGUUCCUUUGCAAAUUCCUAGUUCAUCUUUGCAAAAGAGUGUUGCUAAGGCUGUCCUCUCUGCCCCUGCUGGCAACACUGACAUCAAGAGCAGACUUUCAAACAUGAACAAUAAAGACACAUCGACAGCAGUUACAGAUGAUGACUGUUUCAUUGUUGAAAGUGGACCAGAGAAACCUGCUGAGGUGAUUUACCAAGUGACCUCCUCUGUCCCCAUCAAGACUUGAACUAGGAUUUAAGUGAGCUGUUUUAUACUUGCUAUUAUGUCUAGUUAUUGUGUAACAUGUAAAUAGGCUAAUAUCAUUAAUGUUUGUUACACCUUUUUAUUUACUGUUCACAGUUUAAAAGCAUCAGUCCGAAUGAGUGUUGAAAAGUUGUUUGCAUUGUGAUUUUAAACAUAUUAACUUUGGCACUACUUGUAUGUGUAUAUAUUGCUGGGCAUUUGUUAUA